GUAUCUCACUUGUCACAUGAUGCAUGGCUGCAUCAUUGGCUCCUUGCAGGCUGAUGAAGCUGCACUCUCGUCUCUCACACACAAAAGACCAUACGAGUACACGAGCGACUGCAGCGUCUUCAUUUCCCUCGACCCUUGCGAACUUUAUAUAACUUAUUAGGCAAGAGCUUACGUACAGAGCCCAAGCAGAGCGAUCCUCAUUCCGCUGCAUGCAUUAUAUGCAAUAUGCCUCCGUCGACAAGCACGCGGCCGCAGUUGCAUUGCCCGGUGCCAUUGCUGACGACGGUCGUUUCCAUGGCGCUCCUGUGCUUUCUUGUCGUUGUCGGUGCUGAUGCAAGCAGAUCGCUGCACUGCCACCGGAAGCACCAGAGGCACCACCACGGCCACCACCGCACGGAGAACUACAGCCACGUCUCCAUGCCCCCUGUCGCGCCACCUCCUGACGUUGAUGGCGACUCUCCGGCCGAACCGCCAGGUUUGCCUCCGGCCGUUGGCGGCGCGCUGCCGCCGUGCUCCUGCCACGACAAGCCGUGCUUGAGCCCUAUAAAGGAACCGGCAGGCGCGCCAAGUACGACGCCCACUUCAUCAGCCAAACCUCCCCAUUUCUCCUUGGCCAAUCCGCCGUCGCCCGCGCCAGCCACUGCACCGUCUCAUUCUCCUCUGAAUCCACCGUCGUCCCACCAGGCACCGUCCAAGCCACCGGCUUCGUCGUUGGCCAAGCCACCGUCGUCGGCGCCGGUGCCGGACAUCGCACCAUCUCAUUCUCACGCCAAGCCACCGUCGUCGUAUGCGACCAGGACACCGUCACAGCCGCCAAAAAGGGCGCCGGAACCAGCGCACCCUCCUGCCGAGUCAAAGGCACCACGACUCGCCCCGGCCAAGCAGCCUCCAGCGCCAUCGCCAUCGCCGUCGGCAGCCCAGCCACCACGGUGUUCCACGGCAAAUCAUCCGUCACUAGCUCCUACGGCGUCAGCGAAGCCACCGGCGCACCCUCCUGCUGCUGCGUCAAAGCCAAUUCCGCCGCCGCCCCCGGCGCUCCCACCGGCGGCCAAGAACAGCUCAUCAGGGUGGGGCAACGUGUUCGACGUGAGGGCGUUCGGGGCGUCUGGCAACGCCUCAGGCAACGACACGCGCGCGUUCCGCGCGGCGUGGAAGGCGGCGUGCUCGUCCAACACCACCACGGCGACGCUGCUGGUGCCGUCGGACGGCGUGUUCACCAUCAGCUCCACCAUCUUCGCCGGGCCGUGCAAGUCCGCUCUGACCUUCCAAAUCGACGGCGUGCUGAUGCCGCCAGACGGGCCGGCGAGCUGGCCGGCGUCGGAUAGCCGGAAACAGUGGAUCGUCUUCUACAAAGCCGACGGCAUGACGCUGGCGGGGGAAGGCACGAUCGAAGGCAACGGUGAGGAGUGGUGGGACCUCCCGUGCAAGCCUCACCGGGGCCCGAACGGAUCAACGCUGCCCGGGCCAUGCGACAGCCCUGCACUGGUACGAUUCUUCUCGAGCAACGACGUGGCGGUGCGCGGCCUGCGAAUCGAGAACAGCCCGCAGUUCCACCUCAAGUUCGACGCCUGCGACCGGGUGCGCGUCGACGGCCUCUUCGUCAGCUCGCCGGCGUCCAGCCCCAACACGGACGGCGUCCACGUCGAGAACACCACGUCCGUCCAGAUCCUCAACUCCAGGAUCUACAACGGCGACGACUGCGUCUCCAUCGGCGCCGGCUGCUCCGACGUCCACAUCGAGAACAUAACAUGCGGCCAUGGCCAUGGCAUAAGCAUCGGCAGCCUGGGCGUGCACAACACGCGCGCCUGCGUGUCCAACGUCACGGUCCGGAACGCGCGGAUCGUCGACUCCGACAACGGCGUACGGAUCAAGACGUGGCAGGGCGGCACAGGCGCGGUGUCGGCGGUGGAGUUCGCCGGCGUGCAGAUGCAGAACGUGAAGAACUGCAUCGUCAUCGACCAGUACUACUGCCUCGGAAGCGGGUGCGCCAACCAGACCUCGGCAGUGCGCGUUGCCGGCGUCACGUACCGGGACAUCCGCGGCACGUACAACCCGCAGGCCGCCGGCGCGCCCAUCCGCCUCGCGUGCAGCGACGCCGUCGCCUGCACGGACAUCACCAUGUCCGGCGUCGAGCUGCUGCCGGCCAGCGGUGGAGGAGGAGGAGGAGGACGCGCAGGAGCGCUGCUUGCGGACCCCUACUGCUGGAACGCGUACGGAGUGAUGGAGACGCUCACGCUGCCUCCUGUGUACUGCUUGCAGGAAGGACGCCCGGAGUCUCUGCAAGAUCAGCUCACCAGUUGCUGAGAUGACACCUUUUUUCAUUUUUUCCUUUUAUGCGUAUACAAAUUAUAACGUUUCAACAUGCACACUCGGUUAGAAAAAGAAAAUGCAUAAAUUCUUUAAGAAAAAGUCUACUUACCCCUGAACUAUCAACGUGUGUCUAACCUAGGCCCUAAAGUACGAAACUAGGUAACCUACACUCUAAAUUUUAGAAAACAGGGCAGAUUUUGGGUGCCACGCUAAAUUCUAGAUUUCGUGGUUUUGGGUGCUGCUUUUGGUACCGUGGCAGCCACCAUGUCAGCAGUAUGCCACGCUGGCGAAGUGGAUGUCGCUGGCUAGUGGGUCCAACAUGUCAGACAACCUCUCACUUCAAGUACUCUGUUGCCCCCUUGGUUCGCUCACUCUCCGACCGCGUCUCUUUCUCUAUCUCCGGUUGGCGAGCGACGUAGCCGGCUAGGGUUCCAGCGAUUUUCUCGGCUGCAGCGGCGGCGGAGUGUGGUGGUGGCUUGUCGCGCUCUCCUGCAGGCGGAUAUCGUAGUCCAGUUCGGCUUCGGGUUCUAGCAUCCAUGGUGGCGGCGGCGUAGGGUACGACAGCUGUUGACGGUUCUUAAGUAUCAAUUUUAAU